AUGGCCGAGACUACAUGUGGAUGUGCGUUCAUGCACAUCUGCCCUGAGCGACCAAAUGCCAGUCUCGUCUCUGUCCAUUCGGCUUUCAACUCAUUGCGGAGCUUUCGCUUGUCAAAUGAUAGCACUGAAGACGAUAUGGGCUGUGAUACUGAAAAGAGCAACGAGCUUGGAUACAAUGACAUUCAUUUGGAGCUACUCGGGGCCUGGAAAUGCUCGUUAUUUCAGGAGAUGUACGGAGUUCCAGAGUCGUUGUUGGGUCUUCUGUCGCAAACAGUUCGCCUAGCCAAUGAGCAAGAGCUUUUACAUCGUGAUACUGAACUUGAUCCUGAUAUUGUCAUGACUCUCAACAGACGGACUAAGCUUCUUGAGCAAUCCAUUCUUUCUUGGGAGCCAUCUGAAGACAUGGUAUGUCCCCAAUCUGGAUGCAAGGCUUCUCCAAUUGACACCCAGAAGGCAAAUGCGGCUUAUCACUCGGCUGCAGCUGUCCACCAGGCUUUAGUACUCUUUUAUUACCGGCGUGUGCAUAACAUAAAUGCAUUGAUGCUCCAGGACACGGUCCGCAAAGUGAUUAAGUCUGCAGAGCUGGCCGAGGAAGCUGCCAUGAAUAAUCGAAACUAUGAAGCGUCAUUGUUAUGGCCCAUUUUCAUCGCGUCUUGUGAGGCAGUGGACAGAGAUUUACAAAACAUCCUACACGAGUGGCUACUCUCGACUGGAAAUCGCACUCACGUUCCUUUGUUUGCUGCGGCUGCUGAUACCGCUCAGCGGGUAUGGGAGCUGAGGCAAAAGAAGCAGGAUUACACUCUUAGCUGGUUCAAUGCAGUUAGCGACGAUAGAUGUCCCAUUAUUGCGAUUUAA